CUCGAUCCACCUUCCGGCGAAACCAAUUCAUUGCUCGCUUUCGCAAGACUCUUUCUUUCUCCCCUUUCCUCUCCCCCCAACCCGUCCGUCGUCGCCUCCGCCCGAGGUAACCGCCAUAGCCGCGAGGAAUCAAGAACCUUGCCUGCCGCACGUCGUCCCUGAGGACCGAGAGGAGACGAUGGAGGGCGGCUGCGGCGUGGCCGGCGGGACGGAGGGCGGCGGCGGCAAGAAGCAGCAGCAGCAGGCGCGGCCGCAGUUCGGGCGGUCGCUGACGUACCACCACCACCAGGGGCACCGGCUGCUGCCCCGGUGGCGGCGGCCGCAGCUGGCGGACGAGCCCCGCGCGCGGCCGCAGGCGGUGGUGCUCUACACGACGUCGCUGCGCGGGGUGCGGCGCACCUUCGCGGACUGCUCCGCGGCGCGCGCCAUCCUGCGGGGGUCCCGCGUCGCCGUCGACGAGCGCGACGUGUCCAUGGACGCGGCGCUCCGCCGCGAGCUGCAGGCGCUGCUGGCCGCGCGGGGCCGCGCCUUCUCGCUCCCGCAGCUCUUCAUCGGGGGCCGGCUCGUCGGCGGCGCCGACGAGGUCCGGCAGCUGGACGAGUCCGGCCAGCUCCGGCGCCUCCUGGAGGGCGCCGCGGGGCAGGACCCGGCCUUCGUCUGCGACGCCUGCGGCGGGGUGCGCUUCGUCCCCUGCCCCGCCUGCGCCGGCAGCCGCAAGGUGUUCGACGAGGAGGAGGACCGCGCCCUCCGCUGCGGCGACUGCAACGAGAACGGGCUGGUGCGCUGCGCCAACUGCUCCUCCUGAUCCUUCCCCGCCGCUAAUUGAAUCCAAGGGUUAGAGUUGGUAGAUUCGUCGUCAGUCAGAUCAGAGAGGGGCGCAUUUUCGGUUUCUUGGGAGUUCUUGACUUAUGAUUUAUGUAUCCUGAAUCAAUCAAUCCGAUCGUUUGGGGAUCGGAUUGUUAGCUGCUCAUGGACGGAAGAGAACGAAUUGUUCUUGGCUCCUUUGCUGCGGGAAUCGCCGCCCGGUGGUGGUGAUUGGUGAUGAAUAAGAGCCGGUGCUUGUAUAUGUGUGUAAAAUCUGGCGCUGAGAUUAGCCUGAUUGGUUAAUGUGUAACGAAGAACUGAUGUAAAUACUUGAGCUCUGGGAGUGAUAAAUUAUUUUCUAGUUCCUUGAUUA